UUUUGCUAAUUACUAGGGUAUCAAUCAAUAAUACUACAUGUAAGUAUAUUGUAUGAGUGUAAUUUUUAAUUUAAUUUUGUUAAGCAUUGAAAUGGCUGACUAGUACUUUUAAAUGAUUAAUAUAUAACUGCACAUUCUAUUCUGUUCUCUUAUUAGAACUUCCCACCAAAUUGUUUACAUUAAACCGUCCAGGAUAUCAAAGACCAUGCAGCUGUCAUACAAUGCGUCUUGUUUUUAAACUUCUUUUAUGCAUGCUCAUUAAACCGCAUGAUUAGUAACACUGUCAUUUUUAAAUAAAAAAAGUUAAAGUUCUAAAUAAUGAUUUCUUUCUACGGUGAACUGUUUUAAAACCACAACAGACCAAUGUCCAUACUUUGAAAUUUUCGUUACUUUUUACCAUGGACUAUAAUUAUACACCGUGAUACCAAUGUCGUCUUCCUCCCUCUUCACCGAUUCGGGGAGAGAUCUGCUGCUGGUUUGUCCUUUGUGCGAAGAAGGGUUGAAGAGACCAAGCACCUUGCCAUGUUCGCAUAUAUUUUGCGAAUCAUGCAUUAAAUCAUACUUUACCGGAUUUUCGCAAAACAGAAAACUUCCGGAUAUCGAAGUACUUUGUCCAGUUUGCCGGGAACCCAUCCCCCAGUUCAAUGAUACUAAUUCGACAGUUUCCUUGUUUCAAAAAUCACAAGGAUAUUCUUCUUUCGUCCUUCAGGAUUUGUCUCGAAGAAAUUCAAAGUUGGCAACUGAUCUGCCAAGUUCUCGAAGUGCUCGCAACACUUUGCAGAUUCCAAACGCAACACUCCAGCUUUCCCCUCGUCCUGUUACUAGCAGGAAUUUUAUGGACAAAACAUUUCAGGUGAGAUUUUGCGAACCUUGCCAGGGAAAGGGUGAGGCCCUCAAAGCGGCUUCGCAUUGGUGUGUGAAUUGUCAAGAAGGGCUGUGUGCAUUUUGCAUUGACCAACAUAGAAGCAUGAAACUGUUGAAAAAUCACGAUAUUGUUGACAUUUUUUCAUUGAAACCUGAACACGUGUACGACGAAGAGGGUACCGGUGCUUGUUCUCUGCAUACAGAAAAAGACUUAAAUCUGUUUUGCGUGGACCAUGCUUGUCUUGUGUGCGUGACCUGCGUUGCAUUGGAUCACCGUAAAUGUGGAAACGUGAAGGAUGUAGACGAAGUGGACAUCGAAAAAGAUCUCGGGAUCAACAUUGAUAAGCUUGUAGAUGAAGUCGAGGAGUGUAUCCAGUAUGCAGACUCCGUCAUCCAAUUCAAAGACGAAAAUCGGAAGAAGCUGGCCAAAGAAAAGAGGCAGAUCAUCGCGAGAGUAAAUGCGAAAGUGAGACAUUUCAAAGCAGUUCUGGACUCCAUGGAAUCGAAGGCAGCCCAGCAAAUAGAAAGAGUCCACGAAGGAGAGAUGGAUUUGUUGGAUGAACAGAUAGCGCGCUACAGAAAAAUGGUAAGGGCAAUGGCACACAGAAAGGAAAAGCUUGAAGCUAGUGUGAAGAGAAAUAUAAAGGGACAGAUGCUUUACCAUGCUCCAAUAACAGAUGAAUUAAAAAGGUAUACACAAGCCGAGUUCGUAUCUGACACGACCGCAAAUAAACAAACAUCGUAUAGCUAUGUCUUUACCUCUGAAUUUGAAGAAAAUGCUUUAGAUGGAAAAGAAAUCGGUCAUUUGACGGCUAAUGAAAACAAAAUUAAACUUGCAGACCCUCCAAAGCACAAAAAAUCGGCGAACAUCGCAGAAAGACUUUUCAAUUUCAAUGGCAGUAUCGCGUCCGAUUCGAAAGUUUGCAAUUUCACAGGAGCAGUUUAUAUGGGAAAGGGAAACAUAGUUUUAGCUGACAACGAAAAUGGAAAUCUAAAGCUCUUUGAUGAAGAAGGAAAAUUUAGACAUAAUCUGAGUUGUGGUGACGUCAAGUACGAUGCACCAUGGGAUAUAACUUCCACUGAUGACGACCAUAUUGCCGUGACCUUUCCACACCGGAAGAAAGUCCGUAUUUACAGAAUUCGGGAAAGCAUCGCACCCGUUCGGUACUUCGAAACUUACGGAGCUUGUCGAGGCAUCGCAUUCCACAAAGACAUAUUCAUCGUCACUUGCUCCGAAAUGGGCAAAUCCAAGGCAGCCAUCAAAUUCAUCGACAAACGCGGGAAAAUUUUAAAAAUUCUGCAUGAAGACAAAACAGGAAUGAACCAACUUCGAAGUCCGUACUACAUUUCGUCCCGUCCGGAUGAAAACGCAAGAUUUUUCGUCACCGACAUACGACAAAACAUGCUACUGGUUGUCAACUCGGACCAAACCAUAGAAUUAGUUCUCCAAGACAAAGUUAAUUUGAAAGGAGUUUCUGGGGUGGAGGUAGAUGGUAACAAUAACGUGUACGUCUGCAGCAAUGGCGCUAGCGUGGUCCUCCGUCUGACAGAAAACUUCACAAAACGGCAAGUCAUCAUCGACAACGUGAAAUAUCCCGUGAAGCUCUGCUUUAAUCCUCGACUGAAAAACAUCUUCUUUAUCACGAAUCAAUCCAUUGAAGCUUGUGAUACUAUUCUUUUGUAUAGUAUGAGCUAAAAAAAUAUUUGAUGCACUUUGUCGCCAAGAAUUCAGAUGGAAGUUUGACAAAUGUUGGAUCCGUACUUCAAAAAACGCCAAAAAGUUUAUACUAUUUCGAUAGUUGAAUAACCUGUAUUAUUCAUUUUAGUAUGCACAUUUUUGGAUUAAAUGUUCGAUAUUUCAUCAAGGAUUUGACAUGGAAUAAUUUCUUACAUAUCUUCCGUAUAUACAGAACACUCCAUCCAUACCAUCAAAACAUUUUUUCACAAUUGUCAAAACAUUUUUGUUCUAAAUCAAGAGUGUGUAUGACGAUGAACAAUACGCAUUAUACCACCGCACCCCUCUUUUUGUGUUUUGACCUUUUUGACCUUUAAUUUUUAUGUUUGAAUGCAAGCAUAAUAUGUUUAAUCCAAUAUCGUCAAUGUAUGUAAUUAAAAUGUGUUGUAGCUUGGAAGUCGCGUAAAUAGUGCAAGAAAGACAACUCUAAGCAGAUAAUAUGACUGAGUAAAGUUGAGGUUUAUUCUGUGAUAACAACACACAAGAAAAAUGUAAUGAUUAAAAUAAAAUAGUUAAUUUGAUAAAUAUGGUUAUAUCAUGCAAUAUAAACAAAAUUUAAAUGAAAUAUCAGAACACGCAUUUCAAUAUGAAGUGCAUGUGACAGUUUGAUGGACAAAUAAAAUAAAGAAAACAAAAUCACUCUUAAAAAUUUUGAUAAUGUAACAAAAUAUAAAAAUAACAAUAACAAGCAAAAAAAUUAAAAUAAUUUUUGACACAAAAAAUAGCAUUACAUUUGAUAAAAAAUGGGCCGGAUUAUGAAUACUUAGUAAACUCAAGGAAUCUCUUUUUAUAUAUAUCUUUCAGGUCCAAAAUAAAAAAAGAAACCUUAAGGUGGCUCUAUACACCCACAGUUUAUUCCAAUUUUCAAUAGAAGACCACAAAACAUAUAUUUAUCAAAUAUUAAAAUGACGAUAGGGAUACUAUAGGUAUUUUUAAAGAAUUUUUUAAUGUUUUUUCGUGUUUUUGUAAAAUAUUUUUUAAAAAGACAGCUAUCAACAAAUUGAGAGAAAUUAUUUUGUCAUAUGAUGGAUAUUUCCUUUGGACACAUAAAAAAAUAUAUAACACUUCUUAACAUUCAAAAAUGUUAUUAUUGCAAUUUUUUUUUAGUAUUUCCCCAAAACACAAUUUUUAAUAUUUUCUUACUCUGUCGACAAAUCAUCUGAAAAAGUUGCUUGAUGUUAUAAGAAAAUGUAUUUUAAUAAAUGUGACAUAAAAAAUUGAAUGAAAACCAUUGGAAAUAAACACAAAAAAUAUUUUAAAUUUUAUUUGGUAUGAAAGUUCCUCAAGUAAGGGUUAUCGUUCCUAUGUCCCAAGGCCCAAACACCUUGGGGACUUUUCAUUUCUGAGUUGAAGAAAAUUUCCUAAAUAUAAUGUUGGAAUGAUAAAUACAAUACAUAUUUCAUUAUAGACUUUGCCCUGUAUAAGUGAAUAUAUUCGCUUUAAUGCAAAACUAAGUCAAAUAAAUAAAGGGGAACAUUGACUAGGCUAAUAAGAUUUAUGUAUCCCAACCUGAGAGAAAUUCAAAGCAACCCUCUCAUCCCCAUUAGGUGUCGAUAUUAAUGUGCAUUAAAGUAUAUUAUAAUUGAAAUAUUUUCACCGGUUUAGAAUUUUCUUUCACGGUAUUCAACCAAAAAAUACGUUUUAGAAAUGUUUGGAAAGUUAAAAAAUUUGUUGUUCUCAACGGGAAUCGAACUCAUGACCUCCUACUUUGUAGUGAACCCACUAACCCACUGCGCUACGGUGUGACAUAUCGGUGGUGGUAAAGAAACUCUUUAAAAAUUUAUACUUGAUUUUAUUGUUUAUUUCGAUAAAUCGUGAAGGUCUCACGUACUACAUUACUUGUAAGUAAUGAAUUUUCCAAUUAUCAAAUAAAAUCUAUUCACUUAACAAAUUUUUCAAAAGAGCGGUUCCCAUACAAUUCGCCUCAGUUUAAAUCAGCCAGUACCGGAAAUGCAUGUUUCCAGAUUUACUUUUUUGCGUACUGCGUCAUCAAAAAGUGGUGUAUAUAGCCACCUUAACUCUUGUUUUCCUAAUUUAUUAUGAUUCCAUGUAUCGAGUCAAAUCAAGAACUAAUUUUCGAGUAUACAAAUACAAGAAAUGUUGGGAUAAAAAAACCUUUGUUAAUAUUUCAUAUUAACAUUCUAAUCUGCAUGUAGAAAUAUUAUAAAAAAAACCAUUUUCGGUAGCGGUUAGAGUCAAGGGGGUUAUUAUAAAUGGGCCUUACUGUCACAAAUAUACAAAAAUAUUUAUCAAUGCACAUUUGCAAAAAUAAAAAACAGUUUAGCUCUAACAGAUUUCUGAGAAUGACAUAAAAAAAAAUAUAUCCUAAAUUUAAUGAAUCUUGCAAAUCUUUCUUUUUUUUUAACCGUUUACGCUCGGAAAUUGAAUCAUAAAUUAAAUUUACCAAUUAAACAUUGUUGCUGUUUUAAAUGGGAACAGAUUCGGUUACAGAAAAUGCGUGAUUAAAAUGCAUUAAUUUUGCGUUUGUAUAUAUAAAAUAUGAAUUAUAUCAACGCAAUCAUUAAUAUUUGUUGAAAAGGGUACGAAAAACAUGUAGGCCUAAGUGCAUUCAAGGAAAUCUGAGAUGUCCUCAAAGCUGUUUUACAAUUGAGGAAAAACAGUAAUAACUAAUGAUGUGGAGACAAAUAGAUACUUUUUUU